AUGAAGCUCCUAUUUCAUUUGCUUGCCUUUGCUCUCAUCAUCACCUCCACGUUUUGUGGAGUCAAGGACUUCACUGAGCAUUUUCAAAGUCUUAAAAAUGCACAGCCAGGUGAAAAUGGGACCUAUGAUAUGCCAGACUUACCACCAGAGUUCCACAGGGAAAACACCAUCACUAAUGACUUGAUUCCUGAAGAGGAGGAGGAAGAGGAUUAUCUAGACCUUGACAAGAUACUGGGGGAAGAUGACUAUGGUGACAUCAUCGAUGCUGGCCCAUACAUGGUUUCUGAAAUUCAGCAAGGAAACAUUCUUGAACUGUUCCAAGGCAAAACCAGAAUCCAGCGCCUCAAUAUCCUCAACGCCAACUUCGGCUUCAACCUCUACCGCAGCAUGGCAGACAAAGCCAACUCUUCGGAUAACAUUCUCAUGGCUCCUGUGGGCAUUUCCACUGCAAUGGCAAUGAUGUCCCUGGGUCUGAAGGGUCAAACCCAGCAGGAAGUGUUAUCUGUUCUUGGCUUUCAGGACUUCAUUAAUGCCAGCAGCAAGUAUGAGCUGAUGACCGUUCACAACCUCUUCCGCAAACUCACUCACCGCCUCUUCAGGCGCAAUUUUGGCUACACCCUGAGGUCUGUCAAUGAUCUUUACAUUCAGAAGGACUUUUCUAUUCUGAAUGAUUUCAGAAGCAACAUGAAAACAUUCUACUUUGCUGAUGCCCAACCAGCUGAUUUUUCAGAUCCCAACUUCAUCACCAAAACCAACGAACGCAUCUUGAAGCUGACCAAGGGAUUAAUAAAGGAAGCUCUGGUGAACGUGAGCCCUACGACGCUGAUGAUGAUUCUCAACUGUCUUUACUUUAAAGGAACUUGGGAGAAUAAGUUUCCAGUGGAAAUGACAACCAAGAGAAGCUUCCGACUCAACGAGAAGCAAACCAUAAAGGUUCCAAUGAUGCAGACUAAAGGAACCUUUCUAGCUGCUGCAGAUCCCGAGCUAGACUGCGGCGUCAUCCAGCUGCCCUUCGUGGGGAACAUCAGCAUGCUGAUUGUGCUCCCACACAAACUCUCUGGCAUGAAAGCCCUAGAAAAGCAGAUAACACCUCAAGUGGUGGAAAAAUGGCAGAAGAGCAUGACAAACAGAACAAGAGAAGUGGUUCUGCCUAAAUUUAAGCUGGAAAAAAGUUAUAACUUGAUUGGUUAUCUGAAAUCCAUGGGAAUAGAAGAACUGUUCAAUGAAAAUGGCGACUACUCGGGGAUAUCAGCUGAGAAAGUCACCAUCGACAGGUUCAAUCACCAAGGCACAAUAACUGUGAAUGAGGAAGGCACAGAGGCUGCAGCAGUAACCACCGUGGGGUUCAUGCCUCUCUCCACUCAGAUUCGUUUUAUUGUCGACCGCCCCUUUUUGUUCCUCAUCUACGAGCACCGGACCAGCUGUCUUCUCUUCAUGGGCAGAGUUGUCAACCCAGCCAAGCCUUAAGGGCAGAGAAAACCUCCAACAGCCUGUUAAACACAUUAAUAUCCCAGUAUCUUAAAGAAAAUAUUGUCGACAUAUUAUCCAACACACAAGCCACUGGAAGCAAAAGAAAAUAGAUUCUCCGCAGGUGGAC